GUCCCUUCCCCGCCAAUCUCGGGAGCGAGAAGCCAGCCUUGCCUGCCCGUUCUCUGCCGCACGGCCGGAAGGGGCGGUGUAGUCGGGGACCCGGGACGCUGAUGAUUGACAGACAAGCCCCUCCGGGCAUGACUCUGCCCAAUCCCACAAGAGAGACACUGAGGAGGAGGAAAUUAUGGUUUCCAGGCUUCCGACCGCCUGGUCCUGUGAACCAGUGACCUUCGAAGAUGUAACACUCGGUUUUGCCCCAGAGGAGUGGGGACUGCUGGACCUCAAACAGAAGACCCUGUACAGGGAAGUGAUUUUGGAGAACUACAGGAACCUGGUCUCAGUGGAACAUCAGCUUUCCAAGCCAGAUGUGGUAUCUCAGUUAGAGGAGACGGAAGAGUUCUGGCUGACGGAGAGAGGAAUUCUUCAAGACACUUUUCCAGAAUGUCUUGGGACUCAGCUGGAACCUCAGUUGGAUCCUCUUCCAGCUGAGAAUCCCCUGAUGAAGAUCAAGGUUGUUGAGGUCCUCACACUGAACCAGGAGGUGGCUGGUCCUCGGAAUGCCCAGAUCAAGGCCCUUUAUGCUGCAGGUGGAGGCGUGAGUCCAGACAUCCUUGGAGAACCAACCCAACAGCUGGACAAGUAUAUGGUUGAUCCUGAGGCCGCUCACCAGAGAUUCCGGCAGUUCCGUUAUGAGGAGAUGAUGAGUCCCCAGGAGGCCUUGGCCCAACUUCGAGAGCUGUGUCAUCAGUGGCUACAGCCCGAGGCUCACUCCAAGGAGCAGAUCCUGGAGCUGCUGGUGCUGGAGCAAUUCCUGGGUGGACUGCCUGGGAAGCUCCGGACAUGGGUGGAGUCGCAGCACCCAGAGGACUGCCAGAAGGCAGUGGCCCUGGUGGAGGAUGUGACCUGGAUAUCUGAGGAGGAAGUGCUGCCUGCUCAGGGCCCUGAGGUUACUGCUCAGCAAGAGGAGAAGGAGGAGGAUGCAGCCAUCUGGCCAGUGGUGAUGCUGCCUGAGGAGCCAGUGACCUUCCAGGAUGUGGCCGUGGACUUCACCCGGGAGGAGUGGGGGCUGCUGGGCCCAACAGAGAGGAGUGAGUACCACGACGUGAUGCUGGAGACCUUCGGGCACCUGGUAUCUGUGGGGUGGGACACUACACUGGAAACUGCAAAGUCUGACAUUCCAGAGGAAGAACCAGCCCACAGCCUGAAAGGGCAAGAAUUCUCAAGGGAUUAUACCCAGUCCUCCACCUCCAACGAUGUCUUGCAGGGUGGGGUCCCAGAAGUCCCAGAUACAACAUUGAAAGAAGUCAGGUUUGCUCAGGAAAAAAUCCUCCCUCAGAAGGAACACUGUGAAAACCCUGAAUCCCAAGCAAACACUGGUCUAGACACAAGGCAAGUUUUGCUCCAGAAAGUUCCUUCUAGAAAACGUUUGAGCAAACGUGGUUCACGGGUUAAAAACAUGACAUAUAAUUCACAUGCAAAAAUUCAUCAGAAGAGCUGUGAAAGUGAAAAGGCCAGGGAGAGGAAUGGUUAUAGGAAAACCUUCGGUCGGAGUGCUCAUCAGAUUACAUUCAUAAGAAUUCACAAGGGGAGCCAAGCUUGCCGAUGCAGCGAAUGUGGUAAAAUGUUCCGGAACCCAAGAUACUUUUCUGUACAUAAAAAAAUCCACACAGGAGAGAAGCCUUAUGUAUGUCAGAACUGUGGGAAAGCAUUUGUUCAGAGCUCUUCCCUCACUCAGCAUCUAAGAGUUCACAGUGGAGAGAGACCCUUUGAAUGUAGAGUGUGUGGGAGAACCUUCAAUGAUCGCUCAGCCAUCUCCCAGCACCUAAGGACUCACACUGGAGCUAAGCCCUACCAGUGUCAGGACUGCGGAAAAGCCUUCCGCCAGAGCUCCCACCUCAUCAGGCAUCAGAGGACUCACACUGGGGAGCGCCCAUACAUGUGCAACAAAUGCGGAAAGGCCUUCACCCAAAGCUCACACCUUAUCGGGCAUCAGAGAACACACAGUGGGACGAAGCGCAAGAAGAACCACCCAACCUCUUAGCCCUCAAGCCAGCUGAAGAAAUACUGCCUUUUCAACUUGAUCCUGCAGUGUAACGUGCAUUGGCCUGGUUGGGAUUUGGGACUGAAUGUGGAAGGGAAGCAUUAAGUAACGAUGUUCCUGAGGCCAAAGGACAAACAGGGAGACUGCCCAGCACAUAAUGAGUAAGUAAAACUGGUUAGGAGUAGUUGUCAAUGAAUACAAGAGGUCUUCAGAAAGUCCCUGGAAAAUGCGUAUUAUGAAAAAACUGCAUGGAUUGCAAAAUUCCUUUGCACCAAAAUAAACUUGUACUAACUUGUUAAAACAUGCCUGAACAGGAUCUAGUUUGAGACACUAAGAAUGAAAAUACAUCAGUUUGAAGAGCCCCUAUUAGAGCAACAUGAAUUCUGCUAAAAUUGAAGCAAGAACAAAUAUCAAAUUUAUGGUGAAGCUUGGGUGGAAGAAUGAUGAAAUCAUUGAUGCUUUACAUCAGUGGGGACAGUGGCCUAAAGAAAUGUCUGUUUACAACUGUAUAACUUGAUUUAAGAAGAGAUGAAAUGAUGUUGUUACCUCUCGCAAGAAACUCAGAGAAACAGCUUACGGCAAGAUGUGUAACAUCCCCCAAGCACUAACUAGCAGAAUAUGCUUGUAGAUUUUAGCUUACAUACUUUCCCAGUAUCUAGGUUUAGGUGUACCGAGGGCAACUGCCCCCAGAGCAAUCACUUUUUGCUGUGCUUCACUUAUCUUAUUUACAUCAAAGGCUUUAGUCCUGUGCAAGUUUUCUGGUCUUUCUUAAUCUUAGCAUUUCUAUGUGUUUUCCUAAAGGGUUGGGCUUUGGCCCCCUAAGGUAGAGGCUCUGGCCUCCUAAACUACAGGACUUUGGUACUCUGAACUACAGGCUUUGUCCUUCUAAGCUACAGACUUUGGCCUAAACCAAGGACUUUGAUCCUCUAAACUACAGGCUUUGGUCCUGCGAAAUACAUGUGUUUUAUUUCUAUCUCAUUAAGGUCAAUACCUUCCACAAUGUUGAAGAUGAAGCCUGCGGUGGUAGACCAUCCACAUCAAUUUCUGAGGAAAAAAUCUUGUCUCUGACCUAAUUGAAGAGGACCAACGAUUAAUAGCAGAAAUAGUAGCCAACAUCAUAGACAUCUCAAUUGGUUCAGCUUGCACAGUUCUGACUAAAAACUUACAGUUGAGCAAACUUUCCACUCAAUCCAUGUCAAAACUGUUGCACCUAGAUCAGCUGCAGACAUAAGUAGCUUUCAGUAGAAAUUUUAAACAAAUGGGGUCAAGAUCAUGAAGCAUUUCUUCAAAGAAUUGCAACAGUAGGUGAAACAUGGCUUUACCAGUACAAUCCUGAAGACAAAGCACAAUCAAACCAAGAGGUAGAAGUGGUCCAGUCAAGGCAAAAGCUGACUGGUCAAGAGCAGAGGUCAUGGCAGUAGUUUUUUGGGCUACUCAAGGCAUUUUGCUUGUUGACUUUCUGGAGGGCCAAAGAAUGAUAACCAUAUGCUUAUUGUGAGAGUGUUUUUAGAAGGUUAAGUGUUAGCAGGAAAACUCCUGGGAAAGCUUCACCAGAGAGGCCUUUACCAUGGCAAUGUUCCUUCUCAUUCCUCUCAUCAAACAAGGGCAAUUUUGCAAGGAUUUCAAUGGGAAAUUAUUAGGUGUCCACCUUCCAGUCCUCAUCUGGCUCCUUCUGAGUUUGUUUCCUAAUCUCAAAGAAAUCUUGAAAGGGGGGCUGGCCUAUGGCCCACUUGGGAGACCAUGGUGCUGAUAGUGCCAAAGCCACGGGUUCAGGUCCCUAUAUAGGGAUGGCCAGUUGCUCACUUGGUGGUGUCAGCACCACGCUCUCCCAAGUCAAGGGUUAAGAUCCCCUUACCGGUCAUCUUAAAAAAAAAAACCGACCCCGUGGCUCACUCAGGAGAGUGCGGCGCUGAGAGUGCCGAGGCCGCAGGUUCGCAUCCUAUACAAGGAUGGCCGGUGCGCUCACUGGCUGAGCAUGGUGCGUGCAACACCAAGCCAAGGGUUCUGAUCCCCUUACCGGUCACAAAAAAAAAAAAAAAAAAAAAAAAAACUUGAAAGGGCACCCAUUUUUCUUCACUUAAUAAUAUAAAAAAGACUGCAUUGAUAUGGUUAAAUUCCUAGGACCCUCAGUUUUUUAAAGAUGGACUAAAUGGGUGGUAUCACUGACAAAAGUGUCUUGAAUUUGAUGGAGCUUAUGUUGAAAAAGGAAGUAUAAAUUUUAUUUUUAUCUUUUAAUUCCAUCUUUCUGCAAACUUAUUGAAGUCCCCUUGUAUAUUGGUUGGAAAAAAUUUAAUUUUCCUGUCAGUUGAUUUGCUGUUACCAUUCGUUCAUUCGUUUGGUUAUUAAAAGUGCUAUUAAAGAAAUCUGAAAAUGCUUAUAAUAAAUUUCAAAAGCUGGGUACCAAAUAAACUGCAGAUAUUAUAUUCAUGAUAAAGUAUUUAUGUGUAUGGACAAGGACUAAAUGAGAAUGUGGAUAAAUAAACUCUAUAUUUGUGUAGAA